AUGUCACACUUCAACGCAACGACUGACGGUCAGAAGCUCGAAGCUCAGAAACUCGAGAAAAUCAUGAAAUCGCCAAAGUCAGACUUCACCGAUAUUGCGGAAAUGCAGAGUAGUGUCUGUUCACUUGACCAACUCUCGCCGAAUCAGCUACUGGGAGCCCGAUCCAACGUCCAAAAUCAGUUGAAGAAGGCCAAGUACGACUACAUUGAGCUGUUGAAGGAAGAACUCCGGAAAGCAAAGACAACCACUUUUGCAGAAUUGCCACACAUCACGGUCUCGCAGCAUCAAAACCUUGCGGCCUUCCAAUUGCAGGUGAAGGGCCACAUAUGCAUGUUCAUUGAAAAGCGCUGGGAGCGCGAAGAGCGUGCGGAGAUGCUGAAGGAGAACUGA